GAAGUAGACAAAGCCCAGAGUAGAUCUGCCACGAGAGCCGACCCCAUUGAGAUAAAGCAGCCGCCUACCGCCUUGGACUUAGCCCUGGCCAACGCCGCGGCUACCGUCACUCCUACAUCCACCGGCUACGAUGGACUCGCAGCCAGCGGUGCUGCUAUUAAAGAGCUUGGCCAUCAUUACGUACAAACUGAAAUUCAAAAUGCAGUUCAAGUGGUGAAGAAGCCCUUGCCUACCUCCAACUGCGUCGUGCCUUUCUCUCGCCGCGCGGGGACCCCGAAGAAAGUUCCCAAGCCCGCGAAACCCAAAUGGUAGUCAGUUUAGUCACUAAAAAUUUAUUGUUAUUGAUGAUCCUCGUGGGUUUAGUUGAAAUGGUUCGGAGGUUGGUUAUCGAUUCGCGCACCCAAAGUAGUGACGAACUCGCCGUGAUGCCUGGGAUUUCGAGGGAAAGUUAGCAGAGGCUCGAAUUUUAGCAUAGAUGGAAGCGUUUGUGAAGAAGACCACUAAAAAAUGAUGCAAGUUCAAGUAGAUGUGAUCGACAAGAAGCUGGAAAACGAAAUUGGAUGGGAAAGGGGAAAAGAAACAGAAUUGAAAGAGGGGAGUUUAGUGAAAAGCUUAAGGAAAAAGAAACAGAAUUGGAAUCGAAGCUCAAGGAAUUGGAUGGGAGAACUGGAAAUUUGGAGACAGUGAUGAGCAAAACAGAAGAAUUCCAACAGGCGGCGCUAAAGCUCCGGAAAUCAGAUCCGGAACGACCAACUCAAGCAGAUCCACUUUUGAGCUCCACCGCAGGGCAGAUUGGUUCCCAGCCUGAAUCUCCACCUGCAAAGCCUAAGAAGUCCGAGGAUCCAAGAAAGCUUCCGAAAAAGUAUGAGAUCUGCUCUGUCCAAGGCGGGAGAUCUGCUAUGUGAUGCAAAGUGCUGUAGUUGUUAAACGAAGAGGGAGGGAGUGCUGAAGAAAGGAAAAUACUAAUUUAUCCCUGUUAAAUCGGAGCUUUGGCCGGAAACUGGUCGGAUGGAGUUAUGUGACCAAAAAUAAUUAUUUUCAGGGACUAAAUCGAUGAAAAAAGAAUUAAAGGGCAACAUUGACAGUUUGAUAACAAUUGAGGGAUCAAAUCGGUGAUUUCCCCUAAAUUUAUUAUUGAUUGAUUGAUUA